AGCCAGCACAUCAAAGGCCCGAGCAGAAUUUGCUACAGUGAAUGAGCUUUGUUUCGACCUGGUGCUCUGGAGGCAAGCCGAUUGCUCGCAUGUGCCCCAGAGAGAUUGGCUCAAACUUGCUCGGAUCCCGAGUUGUGAGCAUUGAAUGAGCCUGCGCGAUCAAUGAACAAAUGCGGGACCCAUCGCUAGUUUCUCGUCACCAGCAUCAUAGUAUUUGUAAGCUACUCAGGAUCCGCGCAACGCAGGUGCCGCAACGACGCCAAAGCACUUGGGGACUGCCUCCAUUGCCUUUUUUUGUGCCCAGCUACAUCACCCGGAGAGACGAACCGACGUGGCGAGGCUCUCGUGCGCAGCCCAGCGAUGAGAUGGUCAGCUACCUUAGGUACGCAACAAGUAUGACGAUGAUGCCUCGAUUCUCGGCUUUUGUUUGGCCAACCAGCCUCGAGGUCCCACCAGCGACAACAAUCUCGCCUCCAGACUCGUUGAGAAUCUCUGCAAAUGUAUCGCAUAUCAGACCAUUUACUGUCAGAAUAACCUUGAGCAAUUCAUCAGCCACACAACUUCACCAACGAUAACACAUGGAUUCGCGUUGUCGGCUUUGGCUUGGCCGUUCCUACGUGCUCUAUAUUGAA